AUUGCCACUUUAGGUGACAAAUCGCUCAUCAAACGACCAAACUCAAACAUUGACUCAGAUCAACAAAGUCAGUUCAAGUGAAGCAUACAAAAAAAGAUGGAACACCCUUAAUGUUUUCCUUGAAUCUCAUCGAAGAUUAGAAUUCGUGGUCUUGCAGUUUUCGCGCUGCGACGUUGCCCAAAAUGGAAUCGGGCUCCGCGUCCAGUAGUGAUAGCGGAGGUCGCGCCGGAUCUCUCUCCGUAGCGGAGGGCCGACGCAAGAGUAUAGCGUCUCGUGCCUCUCCUGCACCGCCCGGACGCGGAAAAGGGUCUGCUCCUUCUAUUAAGGCUCGUUUCCAGAAGAUUGUAAUACAAUGUUAUGUAUCCUCCACCAACAUGAUCGCUUUCGCUGUCUCAGAUCCACGUGUAUUAAUACAUAGUGACUAGAAAGGAGUCACCGUGAAUGAUCAUGUUCAGAAGAGUUUCAGCCUCUAAUUGCGAUUACAGGGUGGUUUCCAGCUACCCAACUCUAAACCUCUAAUUCUAACAUUGUCCCUGAUUCUGAAAACCUCUAAUUCUAGUAUGUCACCAGCGAAGGCAAAGGUUGGAGGUGGAACUCCAGGUGCAGCAGCUUCGUCACCCGCGACGGCGAAAUCGAGUUCCAGAGUGAUGCUGCGGCGCCCUAGUGCGACUAUUAGUUAAGGCUCGCGAUGGUAAUCCAUGUUUACAGGGCACUUACCUCAAUACAGUUUACCUCAUGAUGUUGGACUUGGAUCCUGACAAUUCUAUGCCAUGAAAAGACUAAAAUAAUAGAUAAUUUGAGAAGAUCUUCUAAAGUCUGGGGACGUUGAAGAAAAACUCGACCAGUCCGGACGAUGGGUCUUCGUCGUCCAAUACGCCAGCGAAAGGGCAAGGGGUUAGGGGGAGCCGCUCGAAUAGUCCCGUAGAUAUAGCGGGACCAAAUGAAGCUCCACCACCAAGAAACAAGCUGGCGGCGUACUGAAAAUUCAUAAUUUCACCAUUUGCGUUUCUCAUGUUGCCUUGUUGUUCGUCUUCGUUAAUAUGAUCAAAAAUGCGCAUACUACUCUUCUUGGGGUUUUUGACUUCAGCUGUACGACUUGUAGCUUAGCUGUAGGGUUAGGGUUUUCCUGUCGAUUAAAGAUAAAGUCUAAGAUAGUCGAUUAAACUCGAACUUGAACUAUCCACUCUCGUCACCUCAGGGCUUUACGUGCACGAGAAGUCGAGGAUACGCAGCUUAUACCCGAGUUGUAUGCGUCUCUAUUUGGCAACAAAUGGAGCUUGAUAUCCAUUGUGCUGGACAAAGCCUGCCGUUAUGCGGAUAUGCUAGGGGUCAAAUUACCGACGACGCCCCACCAGUGGGACACAUUCUUCAAGGAGCAAGCUGGUAUCUUCAAUUCUUUUCUCAGUGAAAAUGCCCAGUCUACUAGGUCUCAGAUAAUAGUACAGGACCAUCUAGGAGGAUGUCAAUUAUGCUUGCAGAAGCAGAAUAUCGUAGGACUAAAAAUGAAGAUCUAUUUUAGUCCUAUCAUGGUCAUCGACGUCAUUGUGCCCAGAAGCACGACCGAUCAACAUAACAAAUCCGAAUGAUCAUCCUCAUCUUCAUCUUCAGAAAAACUCGUAUCUUUGGAGGAGCUCGAGGUAACAUUGCGGGAAAAUAUCCUCGAGGAGCAGACUCAAAAAGGGGAAAUCGAGCUGCGCAUGGCCGAGUUGAUGGAGGAAAACACGCGCUACGAAACCGAGAGGAACGAAAUUUUCGCGAAGCUUGCUCAGGCUGAAUCUGAUCUGAAAGAGUUGCAAGGAAGUAUAGUCCCAAAAUUGCAGGAUCAGAAACUUCGCAUGCACGAGGGCUUACAAUACGUAGAAGAAACCCUCACCAAGUUCGCAAUCGAAACAUGGGGACCCAAAAAGUGGGCGGCGAGAGGAACAUACUCAGGAGGUACUACUCGAAGAUCUGUAAUUCUAUUUGUUGUACUUACAAUUUAGAAUAUCCGUUGUAUUUUAUUUUGGUAUUUUUGUUUAUGUUUUUUUGUCACCAACGAACUUGAUGUUCAUCUUGAUCAGUCUUGUAGUAUGAUGAUUCAUUUUGUUGGCAAAAGACUCUGUCUUCAGUCUUCACUCUCUUCUUUCAAUAGGUACGAAUCAUUUGAAUAUCACGCUGGCGCAAACGGCCGCUGAGGAAGAUGCUGCGUCGGCAGAAAAGGCUAACGCCAUACGUGAGGAGACGCAGAAGAUGCUGGCCGAUUUGAGGUAUCUACAACGUCGAGAUGAGAAACAUCAAGGACCACAGGCACAACCUCCGAAGGUGGGUCUAACGCAGCCACAGAUGAUCUUCUAUAAUGAUAGUGAGGAACCUUCAAGUGGAAGUGGUGAAGACCGUCAUCGUGGACAUCGACAGGCGCAAGCUCACCAAGAGCAUGUGAUCAAUCACCGGCUUUCAUCACGCCAUGCAGAUGCGCAUGCAGGUGCGGUUUUUGAGCACCACGUUCGCGCGAGCUCAUCGGAUCCAGACAACUCCUCGGAUCAUGGGAAUACUAGAGCAGCGCCGGCUGUGUAUUAUCAACAUGUUGGGGCGACAAGUUCAGGUGCAUCACAUCAGACGACGAGAACAUCUUCACCAGCACCGGCUCAGCACAAAUAUCAAUCGAUAACGAUGAGGGAAUUUCUGUCGACCCAGCAAGACCACGUUGAGCAACACAGUGUCAACUACGGAAGUAUUGAUCCGAUCGAAGCAGGUGGUAGUCAUGUCGCGUAUCGAGACGAGGAACGCGCGGAACCAGCUUUACCAGUGCCUCACUCAUGGCGAGCGGCAGAGCAAGCUUCCCCCAUUAGACAGGGGGCAUCGACAUCGAUGACAGGGGUCCAAAAGCAAAAGGGCUCUCCUCCCAGAGACAUCGGAAACCAGAUGCAAAUGCGGAGCAAAACCCUAUUCUCUUCAGAUGCAUCCAAUGAGCGCGCACGACUGAUGUUGGAGGAACCCGCCCUAGUAGGCUAUGCUACGAGCAGUACAUUAGAAGACGAACAAAGUCGACUGACGGCCAACGUUGUAUCUUUCGGAGCAGCCAGUCCCAGUCCCAGUGGACGCAGAGCGGACUCACCAAAACGAACAAGCACACGAGUGCUUUCACCACACAUGCAGAUGCUGACAGGUUACGAGCUCUGUGGUGACGAGCCCACUCAUGGCGACAGCCCGAUCCGUGAUCAUCAAUCGAUACCACGGACGGUUCGCGCCACAAAGGAAGCGAUGGCGUACAUUCAGGCAAGGAUCGCAGAAGACAUGCAGGAGAAAGUAUUAGAUUUUUCAUGUCAUUAGCAGGGACAACGACUGGACAACUCUCUCUCUCUCCAUGUCAUUAGCAGAAGAAGUAGAUAUCUGUUUUUACAGCCACAAUCCUUUUCGAGAACUCAACAACCACAAUCCUUCCAGAGCAUCGCCCUCGACCGCAUUGCGCACAUCAAGGAGCUUGAGAGUGCGUUGUCGCUGGUGCAGCGAAGCAUGCACUCCGCACGUGGCGUGCAGAAUGAGAUCACGGAGGAGGUGAUCGAGACGCGAAAAGCAAACGAGAAACUGAUUGCUCGCAAUAAAGUCUGCGAGAGGGAAGUGCGAGAUAUACAACGGUACCGCACGCAACUUCUACUAUUAUGACUCAAAACCCUAGUUUUCAUUUCGACUUCCAUUCCCUGCUGAAGCAUCUUGGCCCUCCCUUAGUCUAGUAAGGAGGAUGAGAAUGAGAAAGAGGUGGGUACAUUAUAUCAGAGUAGUUUAUAGCACGCAUGGUGCAUGGAGUAGCAUGGAGGGCAUGGAGCGCAGAGCUUUAAGGGGCGCAAGAAGCUCCCCCUUUAGCUCCAUGCUACUCCAUGUGAUCCAUGCACUCCAUGCCGUGCGAGCUGUGAAACCUUAUAAAUUGCUCUGUUAUACUUAUAUCUUUCAAGAUGGAAUAGCAAUAGGGCGAGCUCUAACACUAGCCGAAGAGCACGUAGCAAGAGUGCGGAGGGACAAGGAAUCACAAGAGAAACAAGUUGAGCAAGUCGUAGCGGAUUCAGCGAAGAUAUUUCAGUCACUAGCGGAUGCCAAGAAAGUGCUGUCAACUUUUGUAAGGAAAUUCACUCGUAGUACUUUGCUACUGGUAUUUUGAUGCCCCGCCCUUAGUAGAGAAAAAGAAUUAAAGAGCGACUUUAAAAAAGAGAUGCUCCAAGUUCUUCAAGAAAAUACUUCUCAGUCACUAUCCAUAUCCAAAACCUACUCACUAUCCAAGAAUAACCCUCACAGGCAAAAGAUCGCGACGAAGUCGUUAGGAUUCGUGAGGAGUUGAGGACUGCUCAAGAGAAGCUGGAAGCUGAAAAAGAUCACAGAAAUCUCUAUUCCCGAUUGGACGAAGCAACGGACAAGCCGGUCUAUCGGCAGCUGCAAAAGCAAGUCGCAGCUCUCAGAAAGUCCCUCAAGGCUGAGAAAGCGAAAGUGAACGAAGAAAUGCCGAAAUUGCAAGACAAAUGCAGGCUGCUGGAGCACACCAAGACCGAAUUUGAAAGACGAUGGAAAAAAUUGGAUAAACAGGUACUCGGACUUUGCUAUGAAAGAAAAAAGUGCACUCACACUCAAAAAGAUUGGCUAUUUUCCUACUUAAAUCCUACCCAAAUUCUUGAGUGUGAGUGCACUUUUUCGUUUCAUAUUUGCGUUACUUCUUUCACUCGCAUAUUACGGCCACUGAUCAAGCCGCUGACCACGACUCCAGGUUGUUGGUAAAAGGAAUCUUGAUUUUCUUCAUAUUGCGUCUUGCUGAACGUGAAUACAUAUACACAGCUUGUUCUCUCACUCUCUCAGUCUUUCCACACCACCUCCACCAGGUAGCUCAACUAAAGAAGGAGCACGCAGCAGAGCUUCAGCAGUGUCAAGCAGAGUAUAGGGACCAAGCAGAUAGUGACGUGGCCAGACGUGCAGCCGAAAUAGAGGAGAAGUUUCAGCGAAAUCUAAAGACUGAGGUUGGCCGCGUGAAGAUCAAUUUGCGGACGGAAAUGAAGAACGUUAUCGCAAAACAUCAUUACGAAGUAUCUCACUAGUCACUAUCUUUCGACUUCAUCCCUUCAUAGGAUAAAUAUGACAAUAAACAGUACUCGUAGAAGAGUAUCAUUGUCUAUAAUCCAUUCGCCUGGUUCUGAAGAGAUAAGAGGUUGCACUUCAUCUUCGAAAAAUACAGGUUUUGAUGCAGUUCUACAUGAUCGAAAAGGAGAAGCUGUGGGCCCUGUAUCGCGAGUGCACUGGCGCGUAUCAAGGCUCUGCCUCAGACGAAAAAGCAAAGACAAGGCAUUUCACUGAUCGUCGAAAUCGCCUUUACAUUCUCCGUGGCAGAUGUGCGUUCUUACGUGAGCAUUUGAUCAGUGCGCUUGAAACCGAGGAAAUGGAAAAGCCGCGUCCAGAAGCAGUAGACGGCAAGAGUCAAGCUGCGAUUUUAACAGAUGCUGACCACAAGAUGAAAGCUGAACAGGAGAAAAGAGCCAGGGCUGAAGAUAUAGUGAAGAAUGAUUUCCGCGUCGAAGAUCUGAAGAAAUUGUUGGAGCUUACGCGGAAUGAACUAGAGCGCUGUGAGGCAGAUAGAAAGGAGGAAAAGGAGGCUCUCAAGCACGCAGAAGCGAAAAUCAAGGCAGUAGCGACAAGCGGUGAGGAACUCCGCCGGAAAAUGGAUUCGCGAGUACGUGUGCUGGAAGAUACACUUAUGAAGGUCCGCUAAAGAACGAUUAAAUACAUUGUUCGUGGUCUUCGUUUUCGUAGUUGUAGUUGUGCUGCUUAAAUAAGUUGAAGUUGUUCAUGGACUACAUCACCGAAAAUGACCUCACUCUGAAGAACAAAUUAUCGGCAUGGUUUUUUAGUACAACAAGUGAAUGAUGCCUAAAAGAUGUUUGUUGAUUUCGCUUUUUUUGUUCUGCUCACUUGAAAAUCGAUAUUGAUGCUCCCUUUCGCUUUUCUGCCAUCAGCUUUUUGGAGGUAUGAUUUUUUUUCCUUUGUAUAAUAUCUCUAAUUUUUUCGAGACUCUGCGGCAGGAUGGCACCUCUUUUCACGGCUUCAUGGAGGACCAGGUGAAGAUCCUGCAUUCGGAGCUUGCCACGCAGCGUGCCCAAUGCAAAAGCCUGACUACGGAAGUGCUGCAGCUGCGCAAGGAGUUAGCAGCCGCGGAACAUGAGGCGGCGUUGACUGCAGACCAGGAACGGAUGUCUCAGUUGCAGGAGAAGCGGACUUCGCAGGUAGUGGAGCGAACGCGUCUGCAGAAGGAGCGCGACGCGCGAGCUGCGGAAUUAGAAGAACUCGAGUCAAAGCGGGUAAAACUCGAAGAAGAGGUCGCGGCACAGGAGACCCAGCGUCAGAGACUGUCGCAACAACUAGAAACCAUUCAUCACGAGGCCAUGGCGCGACGAGCGAGCGAAGUUUUUCAUUUUCAUACCUCAACUUCAACUACAUCCGGUGGUAUAGUUUUUAAUAGUGAAGAGACUUCAACAACGGGAAGGGGAGGAACAGGAACAGCAGACGCGAGCAGCAGCAAAAUGCAAGGUGGCACUACCGCAACAAGUGCUUCCUCAACGACGCAGAAGCAAUUCGCGCCAGGAGUCUCUCUCCAAGCACGCUUAGAUCAAGCGAAAAGCAUGCUGCUACAAGCGGAGCAACGCUUGCAGCGAGAUUCACAGAUGCUGCUCGAGCGUCUCACGAGCAAGCCAUUGAGUCAGGACGGAGAGCAUCCGAUGGAUGAGGAAGAGGUAAUGAUGGCCCCGCAUCAGAGAUUGGAUAAGGCCAUGCGAAAAACUAUGAACGACUUCGACACGCGUCUCGACAAUUUGAACAACUUCUUCAAGGACAACAUGGGACGAGAUGGAGAAGCACCAGACCCAGAGCAGGCAGACGAAGAAUUAUCGGCAAAGUCAAUCAAGUCUAGCAAGAACAAGGACGAAGAGGGCGGUCCCCUGGGAGCUAUCGGAAGCAGCGAUGAUCCAACUCCAGACGGCUCCAGACGAGCCAACCCAACAGCUGUUUCGUUCGCGUCUUUGGGGCAAGAGGACAUCGACAUUAGUGAUUCGAGUGCCGACUACCCUUGUAACGCGGAGUCAAGAAUGUUGGCCUCAGUGGUCGAGCCUAUUUACGUAUCAGCGCGAGAGGACUCGACGAGAGUGCCCACGGUCCCCACGACUCGCAAAGUCGACGACUCUAGUGCUUCGGACGCCGACGACCUGGAGAGGGAGACUUCCGCUCCGAUGAAGUUAAGCCUCGCCUCGAACGCGUCUGCGGCGUCGAGUGCGUCGGCUGCGAUGAAGUUAAGCCUCGCCUCGAACGCGUCUGCGGCAUCGAAUGCGUCGGCUGCGGCUGCGCGAAGGUAUGGCUACGACACCAGUAACUGGAAACCACCUGAGAUAGCGUUUCAACAGCACAGGCUGACCACCUCCAUGGGAUCUAGUGCAUUUCAAACAGCGGCAAGAGGCACAAUUAUGGUUUUAUCCUCUAAUCCAUCUUAAUCUUUUUGAAAGCAGACAUUCUGAAGGGUCAGUCUGUUUUUCACGAAGAAAACGCUUCUACGCUUCUCGGAUGGAUCAUCUCGAGAUGGAUUAGGGUGCGCUCUAAAUCUAAUAUCACAAGAAGUGUCUUCGCGAUGAUGCCUUUCAAACAGCCAGGGGGUCAGGUCGGCGCGUUCGAAAGUAGUGUCCAGGGCCACGACAUGCAUUACUACAGUCCUGUGACGAGAGCGUCGUCCUCACCAGCAGCAGGACCACCAAGCCCGACGGCAGCCGCAGCAGCAAAAUUAGCAGCAAUGAAGAUUUCUAGCGCAAGUAGGCCUAGUACUCGGAAAGUACCUGAGCCCGAGGCGGAGGCAGCGGCCGCCAGUGCACCGUUGUCGGUCGAAGCCUCUACGCCACAAUCACUGCUUGGGCCCCACGAGUCGAAGAACUUGUUGGAGAUCGAAUCCAACAACUUGGAGAUUAAGAACAACGACACCUCAUCUAAAAAACAAUCCGUUCUUCUAGUUGCCUCCACCACAUCUGUUAGUGUUACUCCACCGAAGCGCGCAGUGUCGAGAAAGGUGAGUAAGCGCAUUACGAGACUCACGAGGCGAGUCAGCGCAUUUACAAGGCGGGACCCGUCAAGCACGUUGGAUGAACAGCUUACCAACCUGUUUGACAAACUCUCGAAUCUCCGCGACAAAAUAACAAGUACCGCCCACGAGGAGGACGUGGAGGACGGCGAUGAGCAAAUGUCUGCUAUCUUCGCCGAUCUUGGAGCAGGUGGAUUAUACGAUGACAAUGUGAGUGAAGGUUAAGGCUUCCGGGAAUCCAUCUUCAGAAGCACAAGCAUCCUGGGGCACUUGCUUGUAAGGGAAAACAGACUGGUGCGUGUCAAGAGAUGAUACAACUCUUCUAGAGAAGAUAGAAGAUUCCGGGAAAAUCUAAGAAGAAGAUGACUCAGGAGAUGAAGAUGACGGUGCAGACUCCCUAGAACAACUCGAGCAAAUGCUCGAGCACCUUGGUCAGAGACUCGUAGUCCUCCCUUCGCGGUCCACGAUCCCGCCGCCUAGUGUUAAGGCUAGAAAUGUGGCUCCAUGAUACUCUGAGAUCAUCUUUAUUCCUGAUCCUGAAACAACAUGAUGUAAGUGGUGGCUGCAGCAGGAAGUGAAUAUUAGUUUGAGAAAGGAAUACGAAUAGGAGGAAAGACGUGGGCGACGUACUAGGGAUUAUAGUAGGGACAGCUCAAAGUCAAAGUUAAGAUCAACUAUGCAAGAGGAUGAGUCUAUGUCUAAUCUUACUGGAGCCUUUGAACCGAGUAGGACAGUAGCUGAUGUCACUCCGUCUGACCUAUCUUCUGGGAGUGCAACUGACGCCAUUCCAGCAGGAGGCUCAGCUGUUAGCGAGACCACGCAGGCCAAUACCGAUGCAAUAAAUGGUGGAUACGCGGGUGGACAUCCGCCCAGUGCAGAGGAACCUAGAAUAACCUCAGAACAAGCAGCGGCGCCGGGUAAAGUAACUGGUGCUGAAACUUCAGUCGCUAGUACAGUCACGUUCAGUCAGGACCCUGAUGAGGUAGUCGCGUUGACCCCACAUGAGGAGCACGAUCAUGAUGCGGAUACGCACGAUAUUGAGCAUGAGGUCGUUAAGAACACUGACACCGUCACAGAGCGUAAGCGGCCGAUGACAGAGAACCCGGUGUUGAUGGACGACGAGAAGAUGCAACGAUUUGUGGCGACACUGUCGGGAUCGGAGCUAACCGUAGACCAGAAACUGACGGUGGUUGCCCGAUUGCUGGACGCAGCACGUGACGCAGGCGCCACGGAACAUGAGGUGGCUGAGCGAGAAGCCCUUCUGCUCGAGCAUCUUGACCUCUCGGACGAGGCUGCAAAUGCUCUGGCUGAAGCGGCCCUGGCAGGCACAGAAAGCGAAUCUGAUGAUGAUCAUCAUGAAGAGGAAGUAGAGCACCAUGACCAAGAGGAGCAUGAGCAUCCUGACGAGGAAGAGCAACAUCAUGAGGAGGAACAUCAUGAAGACAUGCAGCAUCCUGAAGAGGAGCAGACCCCUUCAGCGACAGAAGGCGUUCCUGCAGCAACUAAGGCAGCUGCUCAUACGGAUGGCAUUGCUGCCAAACCAAGCAGUAGUGUGAAGAAGGGGAAAUCAAUGGAUACGUCCGAUAAAGAACAUGGGAAAAAAGUUGUCAAGAAGGCAAAAACUGGUACGACUACAGCCUCUUCAUCCUCUGCUCCAAAAAAGAGUGUCGUAUCGAAAAGUGCCAAAGCCCUUCACAGUAAGGAUGGGAACAAGACGGGAAGUUCGUCUUCGCCGAAAGUAGGAACGCCAGGGAAAGUGAUCUAUGCAGGGUCAAGUGCACAUCCUAAAGUAGGAACGACCCCGCAGAAAGCAAAGGCCAGGAGCACAACUACAACGACGAUUGUCGCGAAAAAGGCAGCUGCGUCUAGCUCUAGUAGUUCUGCUGGUGUGGCGUCCAAGGUCGUUAUGGUCACAUAUCAUAAGAGCUUCUUAUCAUCACUAAAGCCUCAGUGGUUAGUACUUUAUAUCAUCAAGGUGGAUACUGCGCCGGUUAGUGUGAGCCAAGCAAGAGAUGUAGCUCUCAUUUCACAGAGUACACAGAAAGUAAGGCCACACAGAGCGAAGCGGAGACCAGGGCCAGAGUAUCAGUAGCAGCUCUUACUUUGUGACCAUAACGACCUUGGGCUAGUUCUGCUGGUGUGGCGUCCAAGGUCGUCAUGGUCACAUUCCAAGUACUCGAUGGCUUUGAUGAGGUUGCUCUACUUGUUUGAAACGCUUUACAACUCUUUUCGCCCACACCAUUCAUUUCAGUGGCUCAAUUUCAGUUUAUCUACCUUGAAGUAAGUGAUGUUUUACUUUUAGGUAGUGAGAAACUCCAGCCUGAAAGAGGACUACUCCAGCACUGCACCCACUCAUUUGAUCUUCUCUAAACCACACGACCAUGCUGCUCCGAAAACUAAGGCUAAAGCAAAGUUGAAUUUGCACAAAUCUGCGUCGAGGCCAACCGCGAAUCCGCAGAUGUUUUUUCCGGAAACUACAGCGGACAACUCAGAAAUCGAGGAUGCUUUCGAAGACAUAUUGAGAGCCAAAAUCCGCAGUUCCCGACAGGCACUGCAGAACGCAUCGCUGUUUCAAAUGACAGGGAGUAGGAAUGAUCAGGAGGAUUCCUUUGAAGAUUUGACUGGCGAAGAAGACGAGGACGAAGAAUUUACGGACGAGGACAUGAAAUGUGAUGAACGGUACAUCGUUAACGUUGGUCAAGAAGCCCCCGAAGCGGAGGAAGAAGAUGAACGGUACGCCCUUAACGUUGGUCAAGAAGCCUCCGAAGCGGAGGAACAGGAUGAAGAAGACAAUACCGAUAUUGAGGCACACGAGCUGCAGGCGAAAGCGCCUUUCCUGUGGUACCCUGAAACGCGGUCGGCAGCUGUAUCUAAAAGUAUCGGCGACACGGAUCCUCUUUUAGCGUCGACAACGAUUCUCUGAUUCUGAACCUGAAGACUAAUUCUGAAGAUGAGGUCAGAGUAUCUAUAAUUGUAUAUAUAAAUAAGAUUUACAUUGUGGUUGUCGUUCGUUAUCCUGCGAGUACGAGCAAUGAUAAUUAUUCUUAUGCAUAGAAACUGAAACAUAGACAUACUCUCUCAUACCAAUACCAUAAAAAAGCAUAGUGUAUACCAAUCUCAACAAUCAUAACCCUAAGAAAUGUUCUCAAAAAAGCAUAAAGAUAGACAUACUUCAAAGAAAAGAGCUAUAAUUCGAAAUUCAAUAUGGUAACUAGGGAAUUAGAUAGCAGGCAUGCAUACUAGCGAAAAAAGACCAUCAGAACCGACUAGCAGCAUGAUAAAAAGAGAAUAAAACAUUCGCGUACAACAACUAGGAUUAGUCGUCCGUGUCCGAUUUGUAUUUUCGAGCAGUAGUACCACAAGAUGAAUACCUAUGUUGCCGUGAGCAAAACCUCCAGGCAGUUCAAGGUAUAUGAGAAAAAUGUGUGAUCAGUUUGUUGAAAUUAAGCUAUAAUUCCGACUGUUUAAACUUGAUAGUGAUACAUUAGCUGCAAGAACAAAUUGAUGUUAGCAAAAAGAACAUAGACAUUGACAUAAAUAACAUUCAGAAUCAGGUCGAUGUAUCUCAAAAAAUGAUAAAAUUGUAAAGAUUUGCAUACCAUUUACAUUUACAGGACGAUGAAAAUUUACCACAGUAUCAAAAUCGAAAAAGUAGGUACAACACAGAUACAGAAUAAGUGGUCAGGCCAGCUCCUAAACUACUUUCUUACCAAGUGAUCAGAAAACGUAAGCUUCAUCAUAUUCAUCGAGGAGUGACCUUAUCAUGGCUCCGCACGUAGUAUUUAAGAAGGAGCAUUUACUUAGCUUUAUUAUUAUAUUUAUCAGAAUGUACUGUAGAGAGUGGUCGCCGUUGCGGUACAAUAAUGUGUACCCGAAAAUUUUGGAUAAAUAACGCUCUCAUGAUUUGCGAUGAAAAAUGCGCAGCAAUCUAUGCGAAAUCAUUUUGUUGAAGGCAAAAAUGUACGUCACUAAGAACUAUUCUAUUGGUAUUGUAGCAGGAGCUAGCUUUCAUUUUGCUGAGAUAGAUCCAUUUCCAU